CCCCCUUAGCUUUCCUGCCUGCAUCUUCUUUAUUUCUUUCUUUCUUUCUUUCUCCUUUAGCUUCUUUCUGUUUGCUUAGCAGGCUAGCUGCCUCUCUGCUACCUUAGUAUUCUCUCUCUCUCUCUCUUUGCUGGAUUAUAUUCUUCGCCAAAUAUUUCCAAAAAACCAGUCGCCCUUUAUUAAAGCUACUACUAAAGAUUAAAGAUAGAGAUCAUCAAAGAAAGGAAAAAAAAAAUCGAAUUUAACCAUGGUUUUCUCUUCUUUUCCUGUCUAUUUAGAUCAUUCCAAUUUGCACCAGUUACAGCAGGCUGCUGCAGGUUACCAUCAACAAACUGGCCUCGAGAAUCAUCAGAUUUCGACGCUGCCGGCGCCGGCGCCGGUGGGUGCCGGUCAGAGUUCGAUCCGGCCUGGGUCGAUGGUGGAUCGAGCCCGGAUAGCCAGGAUGCCUCAGCCGGAAAACGGUCUAAAGUGUCCCAGGUGUGAUUCCACCAGCACCAAGUUCUGUUACUACAAUAACUACAGCCUUUCGCAGCCUCGCCACUUCUGCAAGACGUGCCGGCGUUACUGGACUAGAGGGGGCGCUAUGAGAAACGUUCCGGUGGGUGGAGGCUGCCGGAGGAACAAGAGGAGUAAGAACAACGGUUCCAAGGGAGCCGCGGCGGCUGUCUCCGAGAAACAAAGCGGCGGUGGGAAUACUAAUACUAAUACUAAUACUUCCACCCAUAUGAAUAUUUCAUGCCCCCCUACUAGCUGCGGAAGCGCGGAAAUUUCCGGCAGCUUUUCACAGCAGCUGCCACUCAUGGCCGCGUUUCAAGCCGGGUUAAACCAUUUCGGCGGCGGCUUCCAACCUCCACCACAACUGGUGGGUAACGAAAACGGAGGGUUUGGUGAAAUGAGCUUCUUAUCAACCGGAGGAGCCGAGCCUUGGAGAUUGCCGGCGUCUUUAACCGCCUUUGACACUACGCCACCCACAAAUCUAUUCCCUAAUUUCCAAAACGAAGCAGCAAUUGAAGCCGCCUCAUCUUCCCGCGCAACCUCCGAGUUUCCUCAUCAGCUCACAUCAUCGGUAAAAAUGGAAGACACCCACGGGCUGAACAGCAAUUCAACAAAGCAGUUUCUGGGAAACAACCAAUUCUGGGGUGGCGGCGCCGACACUUGGACUGGAAGGUUUUCCGGCCACCUCAACUCCUCUUCCACUUCGUCUUCCACCACCCAUCUUCUAUGAUUGUAGUAUUUCAUUACCCAUUCUGCAACCUCCAAACCCUAGCCACUACUGUUCUUUUUUUGUGUGUAACUCAGAUCAGAAUUUCCACCGUCAGACACAGUUGCUAGUUAUCGUCCUUUAAUUGAAGGUGUGAUCCAUCAAAGGCUUUCUUCCACAUCUAUCAGCUCAACUCAACUUGCAGUACGUAGUCUUGAUGCAUGUGUAUUAAUUAUUUUGUUUUGAAUUCCCAACUUUUCUUGAUGGUUUGCAUCUAGGUUUUCACCUAGUAUUCUAUAUUUGUGGGUUUCUAUGGUGUAUGUGUGAUGUUUGCGUGUAUUCCGACAUUGAUAUUUGGUAAUAAUUACUCUUUUCUUAGCUA